AUGAUCCUCACGUUGACGCUAGCCACCGGCUUCGCUGCACCUCGCCGCGCCACCUCGCCGCACGCCAGCGAGAUUGCUGUCGACGUGGCCUGGUUCAGAUCGGCCAAGGCAGCGCUGCGGGCCGCUCUGGCAGCCGAGGCGGGCGUGCUCUCGGCAGAUGCUGCUGCCCUGGUGACGGCGCUUUCCUCGGUCAACCCGACACGGCCCGACCCGUCGGUGGACUAUGACCUGUGGUCCGGCACCUUCUCGCUCGAGUCCGCCUCUCUCACACCGCCCGGCGGCGGCGUGGUGCAGUCUGGCGCUGCCGAGGUGGAGGUGACUCCCGACUCUCUGCAUCUUUCCGCAGCCGUCCGUUCCGCGGUGGGGUCGGAGGACGAGCUCUCUCUCAGCCUGCGAGGCAGCCUGUCCGCGACCUGCUGCGACGAGCUCGAGCUGCGAUGCGAGCCUCUAGCGCUCGAGGCUGCCGGAGAGAGCUGCGCAGAGGGAGAGGCGCUCGUUGAUGCGGUCGCUGCGGCCACCGGCCUGUCGUUCCGGGCGGUGUCGGAGGCGCGCUGGGAGGCGGACGUGCCGACGCUCUAUUUGGCGCAGCUCUUCCUCGAUCAGGCGCUGCUAGCACAGCAGCCGCCUCUCCCAGAGCUGCACGUGCUGCAGUGGAGCGCGGACUCGACCGCUGCCGGCGGCGAGGCGCGCGAGAUGGGGGAGGCGAGCCAUGCGGAGGGCUUCGCUGCGACGUCUGCGCUGCUUCAGCGGUGCGAGGCAGUCAGCUCCGAGCGCGUCUCUGAGGCCAGCGGCUUGCUGCGCCUCGCUCUCGAUCACGACCUGGCGAGCGAGCUCGAGCGCGCCAGUCGCGCUGGCGGCGCCGCUGCUGCUGCGCCCAGCGCCGCGCUCGAGCAGCGCUGGCUCUCUGCUUCCGACGCGAGCGCCAUCGCCGGAGCUACGGUGGGCGCCGGGGUGGAGGGAGUCGCACACGCGCCGUCGGCGCUGCGCGUCGACACUCCGGCCUACCUGCGUGCGCUGUGGGCCCUGUGCGGCCGCAUCGCCCGCGAGCGAGGAAGCGGGCUCGAGUGGCGGUGCAGCGCCCUCCCUUCUCUGGCGGCGGCGCCGUACGACGCUGUGGUGGUCUGCCUCGGCUCCCGCGCCUCCGACCUCGCCGAGCUGUCUGGCUUGCCGCUCCGGCCGUGCCGCGGCCAGAACUUGCACCUCGAGAACCGAGCCGGGUUGGAGACGCCGCUUAUCUGCGGGAAGUACAUCGUGCCGGCGGGGGAGGGGGGCGACCUGCUGCUCUGCGGCGCAACCUUCGAGUACGACCCGGAAGGGCUCCGCGAGCCUCCGAGCGAGGCCGAGGCGGCGGCGGCGCUGCUGGCGCCACUGGAGGAGAGGGGCGGAGAGGAAGGGAGUUGGUGCGACGCCGGAGUCCGCGCCCUCCCUCCCCGCUCGCACUUCGGGUACGUGCCUCUCGUCUGCAAGCUGCCGGUCGAGGUGCGAGGUGCGAGGCGAGGGGACGGCGGCGGCAGGAGCGCGCUCGGAGGCGGUGGCUGCGCCGCCUGGCUGUUUGGCGGGCUCGGCUCGCGCGGCCUGAUCCACCACGCGGUGCUCGGGCGAUCCGUCGCGGAGGCGGUGCUCGCGUGCGACGAGAGCCGCCUGCCAGAGCACACGCGGCGCCUGGACGCACGGAUGGGCGAAUUGCUGGUAAGCCACUCUGACACUGGGCACUCUUCACACUGA